AUGGCGCAAGUUGUAAAUGCACCCGACCUGGCUGCGACCUACGGAAUUCAACCGUACAUGCACGAGCCAGACUCUGAAUCUGAGCUGGAAAGGGAAGAUGUAGAGUCGAUGGAAGGACUUGAAAAAAACCAAGCUCCAGCCGCAGCAGAAGAGAAUGAGACCAGCCCUGUUCCUCAGAUGCUGAAUGAUAGACCUAACCCAGAUCAGACCUGCACACAGGUGAAAGGCCUUCAGACUCCUGCUGCAGCAGAAGAGAAUGAGACCAGCCCUGUUCCUCAGAUGCUUAAUGAUAGACCUAACCCAGAUCAGACCUGCACACAGGUGAAAGGCCUUCAGACUCCUGCUGCAGCAGAAGAGAAUGAGACCAGCCCUGUUCCUCAGAUGCUUAAUGAUAGACCUAACCCAGAUCAGACCUGCACACAGGUGAAAGGCCUUCAGACUCCUGCUGCAGCAGAAGAGAAUGAGACCAGCCCUGUUCCUCAGAUGCUUAAUGAUAGACCUAACCCAGAUCAGACCUGCACACAGGUGAAAGGCCUUCAGACUCCUGCUGCAGCAGAAGAGAAUGAGACCAGCCCUGUUCCUCAGAUGCUUAAUGAUAGACCUAACCCAGAUCAGACCUGCACACAGGUGAAAGGCCUUCAGACUCCUGCUGCAGCAGAAGAGAAUGAGACCAGCCCUGUUCCUCAGAUGCUUAAUGAUAGACCUAACCCAGAUCAGACCUGCACACAGGUAUUUACUGUCCAAGGAUUUUCACUGGUUGAUUAUCCAGAUAGUGAUGAAACUGAUGAGGAUGGUAUGGAAAACGAACCUCCCACCCCACACCUGGAUGUUAUUAUAGGGCAGAAUGAUAUUGGCCCAGAUUUUUCAGAUCAUUUGUACGAUUCAGAUGAAACUGUUGUGAAAGAAACUUGUGAUGAGGCUUCUCCAAGCAACCAUUCCAACAAUCAAUCGGAUGAUGAACUUGUUCCACCACUGAGACGCACAAAAAGCAUUCUGGAAACACUACAGGCUCCCAGAAAGCACCCUCCAAUUAGCCAAAGUAAGUAAAGUCCUCCUGGCAAUGGAACAAGGACGCCUAGGAGAUUACAAAGGAAAGAGCCUCGAUGAAAUACAAGUCGAUGUGAAUGAGACCAUUGACAUGGAGGGACCUUUAGCAGAGGACAUUGAAGAUGUCAGUAUGCUAAGAGAUGAUGGGUCAGACGAUGAGGUCAGCAUGUCAUCCACGCAAGAAUGUACCUCCACAUCACAAAGUCAAAACCAGGGAGUGUCUGCAACCGAUGUCAGUAUGCCAAGAGAAGAGGGGUCAGAAGAUGAGGUCAGCAUGUCAUCCCUGCAAGAAUGUCCAAAACCGGAGUGUGUCUGCAAAAAAGAGAGGUAAGCUUUGGGGCUUGCACUCUCUUUUGGGCCAGAGCUGCUCAUUUAUUUUUAAGGGCUUUUACUUUGCUUCCUUGACUCAACACUUGAAAUAUGUCUGUCCCUCCUUACUGUCCGGUGCCACAAGCCUGACAGUGACUUGAAAGAAGCUGUUGCAGGAACAGACCUUGUGAGCCUGCAUUGUCGCAGGUUGUAGGGUUGG